GAGCGCGCGCGGCCGCGGCCAGCAGGAGCCGGGUGCUCGCGCGCCUCGCCGAGCGCGAAGGGGAUUUGGGCGAGCAUGAAGCGGGCGGUGCUGCGCGCUCGGGCGCGGAGGAGCUGAGCGAGGCUCUUGCGGGCGCCGGGCGGGCGUCUCCGCCGCUCUUCCAUGGGGCUGAGCGACUGGCUGGAGGCUUGGUGCUGCUGCUGCGGCUGCCUUCGAGGACGAUGCCCGGGCGACGCGGCGCUUCCAGAGAAGGAGCCCCUGGUCAGUAAUAACAAUCCUUAUGCUUCAUUUGGAUCAACUCAGGCAUGGGAUGAAGAGAAAAACUUGUGGAGUGCCCCUCAUGACAUCUCCCACACAGAAGCGGAUGAUGACCGGAUAUUGUACAACUUAAUUGUGGUUAGAGACAAAUUGGACAAAGAUUCUGAGGAAUGGCAAAAGCUGAACUAUGACAUCUAUACCCUGCGGCAAAUGCGAAGGGAAGUGAGAAACAGGUGGAAAUGCAUUUUGGAAGAUUUGGGUUUUCUGAAGGAAGCAGAUACCCUGUUAUCAGUGACCAAACGAAGCAUUGUCAGUGACUCUCAGAACAUGAGCAAAGCCCGGGAGAUCCUCCUGAAGCUGUCUGAGGAGACAGCUAUUUUCCCAACAAGCUGGGAGCUUUCAGAGAGAUACCUCUUUGUGGUGGAUCGUCUCAUUGCCCUUGAUGCUGCUGAUGAAUUCUUUCGAAUCGCCAGUGCAACCUAUCCAAAGAGUGAAAGAUGUACAGUGAAAGAGGAAGUCAAUCUGAUUGCAGUCCAGUUCAGUUCUUCUCUGUCAUAACACUGAUCACCUUUGGAUGGACUUUUGAUUUUGAAGGGAUUGGCCAGAGUAACGUGACUUCUUCCUUCAGGAAACAAGUAUAUCUCAGAAGUGCAGGAUAAAUCCAGGAUGAUGUACCUGUUGUAUAGCGUGAUGCAAUACAGACUCACCUUGACUCAGGAGAAAGUCUGUGAUUAGAAUCUGCUAUAAGCUUUGGUGCUAGAUUAGAUGCCGGCGGUAGUCUUAGAGCUGCAGUGAAUAUAAAAAGUGCAGUGACAGAAACCUGUACUGCUUCAGAUGUAAUGUUUUUCUCUUUGACAGCUUGGUACAAUUGAUACAGUUAUUUCCCAUAACUGACCAUUUUCCUGUGUUCCUGUUUAAGUAGGAUUUUAACAGGGUGGAAAGUUAACUCCUUUUAAAACUGCCAUUUCAUCAAGUUCCUUCUCUCUUGAGAAUACACCAUGUAUCGUGCCAGCAAAACUCCUCAUAUCCAUCUAUGCAAUUAGAGAUUCUCUGUCUGGUAGAUGUGGGUGACGUAUUCAUCAACAAUGGCAGAAUGUUGUGAGAACCAUCAAAAACCACACUGCAAAUUACUUCCUAGCAGCAAAAGAGUCUUACUCUGUGUCUUAAUUAGCAUUUUUAGAAGUGAAGAAAUCAAAUCCUGCUAUUCUGAGCUGGUUUUGCCUCAAGAUUCAAAAAUCUACAAUGGCUGUUACUGAGCUUUCCUCAUCAUAGCACGAAUCCAUUGUUCCACUGUGAAAGAUUAUUGUGUAAGCAUCUUUUUAAAGAUGUUGUAUUGAAAACAUCUGCAAGCCUUCCUUUUGUCCUAGAUCCUUAUGCAGUAGCUAUUGAUUCCAGUUGCCUCCUUUGUUCCAGCUGAUAUUUUUAUCACAUACUGAACUUGGACAUUACGGUGUCCUGCGGUUUUGCUCGAAAUGGAACAUUUAGUAAUUGAGGGGCACUUUUUUUUUUGGGCACUUGCAUCUAUUUUUCACCAACCUGUUGGAACAAAUGUGUUUAUUGAAAUCUAUAUUGUGUUACAAAAGCUAAUGAUACAAAAUGUUUUAAUAUAGCCCAAAUAGUAUCUUGCUGUUUUGGUCUGGUAAUGAGCAAUGGUUUUAAACUACGGAUGUGGUGAUGGUUCAUUGUCACUACUGCUUUUUUAAAGCAAAAAGCUGGUGCUCUCACCAGAUGGUAUUUGGUUUUUGUGGUUGCAACAUACCUAACAAAAUGGCAAGAGGUAUUUUAAAUGUUUGUACCAGUGAUGUUAAAACAGUUAUAUGAAAUGUGUGCUUUGUCACUUCCGGGGGGGGGGGGAAUGUAUUGAUUCUAUACUUUCAUACCUUAAUUUAAUAAAUAAAAAGUCCCUAUGUGAUUCUUCCCUA